AUGGUGCUCUGGGCCAGGACCUGCCCCCUCCCCCCUAUCGGCCCCCUCCCCCUCGACCCCCGGGAGGAGGAUGGUGGAUGCGCGGGGAGGAGGGGGGAGGAGAGGGAGGAUGGGAGGGAGGGUACAGGGGUGAGGCUGUGUGAGUUGCUGCAGGCAGGGGGGGUGAGUGUCAGACCACUGGGGAAGCACUUAGCCAUCUCUCUGCCCUCGCUUCCUCUGCGUCUCUGGGAUACACAAGUCACACACACCUCACACUCCGCACACCUUGAACCCACACACACACCCCGUCCCCCACCCCCUCCCCCUCUGCCCUCUAGUCCACCCCUGUCCUCCCCUCUGGAAGCCUCUGGGCAAAGGAAGCCUCUCACGCCGCUCUGGCAGCCACCCCAGCCCCAUUCCCCCGCCGGCGCCGCGCAGCAUUGGCCGAGGCAAGAAGCCGCCUCAGAGGGCAGCAUACGUCAUUGGUCCUCCUGGAGUCUGGACCGCCCUGACGCAGUGGUAACGCCGUAUGACACGCCCCCAGACCGCUGUGUUCCCAUCAGGUCACAGGCAUCCAGUCAAAACUACAGCUCCCAGCAUGCCCCAGGCCGACACAGUGAUCCCUGCUGUGACCGCGAAGAGGCUGAGCUGUCUGAGCUUGACUCCCUUUAUCAGGCCAGUCUACUGGCUGGAAAGACAGGCUGUAGCCCAUCAGAGAGGCUCAUAUCCAGGGUGGGAGGGCAGGCUCGCUCCAAGACCCCCAACGCGGACAUGGAGAGGAGUGCGUACGGGGCGGACUGCACCAGCACCCCCACCUACCUCAACAAGCCAAUGAUGUUGCGGGAUGGGCGUUUUGGGGUGGAGCCUGAUGAUGGGGAAAACCUGAGGAGAAUUGGACGCAGCCUGAGCGGCACAGUAGUGACCCCGCGCCGCAGCCGCCUGACUGCAACCCGCAGCUUUGAGCUGUCGGGCAGUUCAGGGAGUUUCUGGCUGUGUCUGACAGGGGUCAAGCUGUCCUCAGAUCAGAGUCCUGCUGUGCUUCACUAAUAUCUCACUGCAACCCGUCUACAUGGGGCAGCAGUGCCGGGGUCCUCAGCCGCUUUGCCUUGAUGGACCUGGAAUCGGCUCAGGAGGAUCGACUCAGCUCCUACCCCGUUCCUCCUCCUCCUCCUCCUCCUCCUCCUCCAAACGACAUGCACACGCAAAUACAUGCACGCACACAUGCACAUCUGCACUGACGUAGAGCCUCCCUCAGCGCCUGCAGCACCCUGCUUAGCCCCUCCUUGCCUUCCUCCCUUCCUCCUCCCCCUACUAUUCUGUCUAUGCAGUCACUCUGACCCCCAACUACAACCUCAACCUUUCCCCCUACUUUCCGGGACUGUUUCUCGUCUCCCCCUGGGAUUUUCAGAGGGAUUCCAGGUGAGCAUGCUGCUUUUAGUGGUCGCUCACCAGCCGGGUCUGACUGGGACCGGAGCUCUCAGUAGACUCGCCCUCCAACCCACAGGACCUUUAGCUCAGGGGGGGGACUCUAACCAAGUAGCCACGCCUCUUCCUCUUUCUUCACGGGCAUUUCCUGUUGGACGCACACUUAGCUGAACUAGGUCUGUUUCAGAUGGACAGCCAUAUUUUUUCUCUUUUUUGGUUUCGGGUUUGUUUUUCUUCCUGUGUGUGCGCACAGUUAAUCUGCCGAGACUGAACUCUCUAAUAACUAAGUCAUGUACAGAAAACUCAUGUAUGAAACCUGUAUGUUAAUUAAUAAGACCUUAUGGAAUGUUGAUAAUGAUAAUUAACAAAUAUUGAUUAACUUAAAGUGAUACUUCCUCAUGUCUGCAUUUCAAAUAGGAGUGGAGUGCACUUCACAAGUGUCUAGCUGGAGUUUCUGCCCCCAAACCGCUCGCCGACCUAAUGACAGCUCUCCCGUUUCUACCGGGAGAUUGAACAAGAAAAGCGCUUCCUUUUUCUCUGCUUCUUUCCCUGUCCUUUUCUUUCUGCCCUCUCUUAUAUUCUCGCUCGCUUUCUUUGUUCCAAACAGGAAACAGUAGCACUAGAAAUAGGCCAGCAGCGGAGGAAAGUCUAGAAGGAAAGAGAGAAUGUAGGUUAGGAAACCCUUCUCUAAGGCUUUUAACAAUGAAAACAGAUGACUCAAGUGCACUUUGCGAGGUGACUCAGCAGAAGUGCACUUUCCGAAGGCUAUUUGAACGAGAAGCAGCCGGAGAGAAGUCGAUGGUGUUUGUUUUUCACUUCAAGGCCUCAGGUGAACUUCAGUGACACUUAAUGAAUUCACACUUUAUGACCCCCCCCUUUCCCCACUGACUUGAGACCUCGGAUGUGUUUAGAAAAAUGCUCAUUUUCAACCCGAGACAGUGACCUGUCUAAUAUGAAUAUGCUUUAUAUGAUAGAUAUGUAUUAGAGGUAUAUUUUCAGCCAGUGAGCUAUCAGAGAUGUCAACCAUUCCUCAGUUGUGUGAACAGUUAUUAUGACUUAACUCACCCUCCUCUUCACUGGGUAGCAUUCUGACGUGUAUAGAGUAUGUUUAUUAUAUGCUUUAUUCUAUUAAAUAUCAUAUAAAUGAACAAAGUCCUUAUGGAACAAGGCCAAUGUAAUGUUCUUUAAGAAUUCACUGAUGUUGAUUGAACGUUGUAACUAAACCAAAGGUUGGCACCUAACUCAGAGAGUGUAAGUCAGAAUUUAUUUUUCCAUUUAGGUUCAGAUUUUGUUGUUGUAUUGUUUUUUUUUUUUGGUUGUUUUUUUUUGUUGGAUGUGGGAGAAUGUAGCCAAUUGUAGCGCAUGAGUCCGCUAUGCAAAUCAACCUUCCCUCACAGUCCUUUACUGGAGACAGUCAGGAGGCAGACACCCCCCCCCCCCACUCCCCCCACUCCCCCCAUGGGUGCUCUCAUGGACUCUGGCAGAGACACGGAGAGGAGGAAGAGGAGAUCUCAUGUUUAAUGCUGCUGGUGAACUUUGUUGUUCUGCAUCUUCUGCUAUGUUUCAACCAAUGGAAUGCAAAAAGAGAGCAACGAGGAGGCAGAGAGCAAGAGGGCGAAAGAGAACGAAUGAAUGUAAACUAAAGGAUGAAAGUGUGUGUUUGAGUUCGAGGAGGGUGGGAAGCUAACUGACAAAGAUGGUUAUUUGUGGGUGCGUGAAGACUUUAUGUGUCAGUUCUGGGGUGGUGUUGCUCGGGGAAAGAGGGAACCUGUAUUUUUGCAAUAAAGUUAUUAACAAUGCACUCCCACAGGGGGCGUAACCACCAUAA